GGCUGGCCUUCUCUGUCUAUAAGUAGCCCCGGUGCCUCCGCAGAGCCUCAGCGCCGCAGAGGGGCGGUUAGCUGCUCAAGUCAGUGACGCGCACAGCAUCCUGCCUAUAGGAUGUGAGGCUUUCUCAGUGCAGUUGUUUUUCUACCCACUUUAAACCUUCAGGUUCUACACAUCAGGAAAGAUAGGAAAUGCCGUAUGAAAAUAGGCGGCCAAAAGUUGCUAGUAAACUGCAGCCAGGGAGACUCAGACUAGAGUGGAGGUAGAAAGAGUUGCUACAGAGUGGGUUUAGUUCUGGCUGACUUUUUGUUGCUCACUUACUGAAUUUAGACAUGUGUUACAUGGGUCAUGCGAGGACCAGAGCAGCACCAGCAUCAAAAUAGUGCCAGGCCGUUCUGAAUGCCAUGGUGUAUAUGUACUCAGAGUAGUUUUGUCAAAGAAGAUAAAGAGCCCAGCAUAGAUUUUAGCCUCAUCUUCACCCAACUACAAAAUCAAAGUUAAGCAACAACAUCUAAGAGCCCUUUUCAGGGGGACAAGAACCUAGAGGAUGGCUCUGAAUGAUUGUUUGCUUUUGAACUUGGAAGUGGACCACUUCUUGCACUGCAACAUCUCCAAUCACAGUGCAGAUCUCCCCACGAAGGACGACUGGUUCCACCCAGGGAUCUUCUAUGUCAUCCCUGCCAUCUAUGGGGUCAUCAUUCUGAUAGGCCUUGUCGGCAACAUCACCCUGAUCAAGAUCUUCUGUACAGUGAAGGCCAUGCGAAAUGUGCCCAACCUGUUCAUCUCCAGUCUGGCCUUGGGAGACCUGCUCCUCCUGGUAACGUGUGCUCCCGUGGAUGCCAGCAGGUACCUGGCCGACAGAUGGCUGUUUGGCAGGAUUGGCUGCAAACUGAUCCCCUUUAUACAGCUCACCUCAGUGGGGGUGUCUGUCUUCACACUCACGGCUCUCUCAGCGGACAGGUACAAAGCCAUCGUCCGGCCAAUGGAUAUCCAGGCCUCCCACGCUCUGAUGAAGAUCUGCCUCAAAGCUGCAUUGAUCUGGAUUAUCUCCAUGCUUUUGGCCAUCCCGGAGGCUGUGUUUUCUGAUCUACAUCCCUUCCAUGAGGAAAGCACCAACCAGACCUUCAUUAGCUGUGCCCCAUACCCACACUCUAAUGAGCUGCACCCCAAAAUUCACUCCAUGGCUUCCUUCCUGGUCUUCUACAUCAUCCCACUGUCGAUUAUCUCUGUCUACUACUACUUCAUUGCUAGAAAUCUGAUCCAGAGUGCUUACAAUCUGCCUGUGGAAGGGAAUAUACAUGUCAAGAAGCAGAUUGAAUCCCGGAAGCGCCUUGCCAAGACAGUGCUGGUGUUCGUGGGCCUCUUUGCCUUCUGCUGGCUCCCCAACCACAUCAUCUACCUGUACCGCUCCUACCACUACUCUGAGGUGGACACCUCCAUGCUCCACUUCAUCACCAGCAUCUGCGCCCGCCUCCUGGCCUUCACCAACUCCUGCGUGAACCCUUUCGCCCUCUACCUGCUGAGCAAGAGUUUCAGGAAACAAUUCAACACCCAGCUCCUCUGUUGUCGGCCUGGCCUGAUGACCCGCUCUCAUAGCACCGGCAGAAGUACCACCUGCAUGACCUCCUUCAAGAGCACCAACCCCUCUGCGGCCACCUUUAGCCUCAUCAAUGGAAACAUCUGUCAUGAAGGGUACGUCUAGGCUGAUCCUUGACCCUGUCGCCCCAGGGGUCCCCGGUUUUGCUUUAUGGCUAAAGAACCCUCACAUCUGUUGUUGUCUCUAUACCCUCCAAAGACCCUUUGGAAGGCUAUGAGUUUGUAGGCAGGUUGCAGAGAAGCCCAAAUGGAUUGCUGUGAUGUUUGAAAGGCGCAUCAAGGCUUACAUUUUCCAUUUCAACUUCUGAAUGCUUCUUCUGAUGUAGAGCCAACUCUCCCCUUUUUAGAAAAGGGAAUAAGAAAUUAUUCUUUUAAGCAUCAAGCCCUGAUAUACAGGUAUGGCCAAUUAAGUCACAGAAACUAUAUGAGCCACCAGAUUUAUAUAGCAGAAAAAUUAUACAUUAAACGUCCACUUUGUGAAAGACUUCACCUUGUCAUUUCUUGAAGCAGAAACUAGCGCUUUAAAAAUAUGAUUUGAAUAAUUUUUCAGGAAUACUUAUAAUCACAAACCAAGGAACUGUUUUUUACACUCCUAAUAUGAAAGCCAACUCUAUGAAAAAGUCCCAUGUAUGAGGGACCAUUCCCAAACUGAUAACACUGGACGCCAGUUUAAAACAAAUCCCUGAGUGUUGAUUGUUCUUAAAAGAUGUUACUGGGGACAUAGGAGAAACACUCAACACAUCAUUUUAAGGCAAAAAUACAACCAAACACAUAGACACAUAUACAAAGAUCCAUGUGAGGCUGUGGAUUGAUACCUCAGUCUCUGAAUUCUAACUCAAUGGAGAUCCUUUUUGCUGUUUCCCCAUUUCAAUCAUCCAUGGCAUAGUUAGUUCUACCAUAGAAGAGAAAUCCUUGUGGGAAAAAAUUGAUCAUACUCUCAGUUCAUUAUUUAUAAGUACAUAAAGUAUAGUAUUUAUUUUUGGUAUACAGAUUUUCAGCCAAAUGUAUCUACUUAGAUUUGGCUGUCCUUGUCUGCUACAUUGAAGCAGUAAUUUCUUAUGGAAAAAAAAAGGGGGGGAUCACAUCUGAGUGGAAACAGAAACAUGUUUACAUUUAACACAUUUAACAUAUGCUUACCUAAAGUCUGUGGGAGGAAAUGAAUAAAAUUUCAGUAAUAUAUAUUUCUGUUUGAAUAUGUCUAAGUCAUUUACAGGGGGCUUAGCUUUCAGAACGGAUUGUAAAAGAGCUACAGAUACAUUAAGUUUCUAGUUAAGAAGAGUAUUUAUCCAACAGCCAUGUAUAGAAAAAUACAGGACUGAAAUCUGGUUAUUUUUCUGAGUAAAGAGAUUUGACGAUCUUACUUUGGAAACCCUGAACCAAGUUUUUCUUGAUUCCACGUUAGGCCGAUUCUGCAAGACUGCAAACACGUUAACCCACUUUCAGAUAAACCCAGAUUCUGCAAAUGUGCCCUAAGGUGUAGCCCUCACAUCCAAAGACGAUUUUAGUUCUGGUUUUCUCUGGCCAAGUGAGAAGGAAC